AUGGCUCCCGACCCCAGCGGCCGCUUCGGUCUGCUGCUGCUCAUCUGCUGCCUGGUGGCUGCCCAGGCCAACCUGCUGGGCCUGGAAUGGCUGUGGUCCAGGAGGGCCACCAGCCGCACAGCUGUGCCAGCCUCUGAGCCCCAGGGUGGCCCACUCUUGCGGCCCACAGAGGAUGCCACCACACCCAUGGCCCCCCGAGAUGGCCCCCAGGAGCAAGGGACAGCCCUUGCCAGCCAGGAGCUGCCCUCGGAGGAGCUGAAGGAUGGCCAGAGCAGGGCCCCCACCACCCCGGCGGCCUCUGCCACGAGCCCGGACACUAAGGAGGAGAACAUCGCCGGCGUUGGCGCCAGGAUCCUGAGUGUGGCCCAGGGCAUCCAGAGCUUUGUCCAGCUGUGGGACAGCGCCAGCCCCACUGAGAGCUCUGCCGGGGCAGGGACACCAGCCCCCAAGACCCCCUCGAGCCCCUUCACCCACCCUGGGCCUUCCAGCAGCCCCCAGGAGAACGGGACCCCUCUCUGGCCAAGCAGUGAUACUCCAAGCUCUCCGGGCACCCAGAGGACCACAGCCAGUACCCUGCGAGUGCCCACACUUCCACCUCCCUCCCCGGGUAGGCCCCAAGCUCCACUCAGGGGGCCCCCAGCGCCACUGCCAACCCCAGGUAGAGCGUCCCUCUCUUUCUCACAGGGCAGGGGCCUUUCCUGGGGAAGCCAGCAGUCCCUGGGGCAGCCCCAGGAUCUGGACGGUGAAGGACUCUUGCCGGUGGCAGCGGGUCCUUUCCAGCAGCACCAGCACCCAUCCAGCCACAUGCCACUUCUGCAUCCCCUGGUGAUGGGUUCCCCGGGCAUUCACACAGCCCCCUCUGCUCUCUCCUCUGGCCCCCUGGCCGAGCUGUCUCAAAUCCCAGUCACAGCUUUAAUUGGGGGCAGUGGUGCUUGGGUUUCCCACGCGGCUAAUUCCUUGGGGCCUGGUCUUGCUAAUAACUCUGCACUAGUCGGGGCUGACCCCCGGGCCCCCGCCAGCCGCUGCCUGCCCCUGCUGCCCUCCCUGCCGGUCUGCAGCCGCCUGGGCAUUGGGCGCUUCUGGCUGCCCAACCACCUCCACCACGAGAGCAGCGAGGAGAUGCAGGCCGCCGCGUGGGCCUGGUGGGCCCUCCUGCAGACUCGCUGCCACCCCUUCCUCGCCUGGUUCUUCUGCCUGCUGCUGGCCCCUCCGUGCGGCAUGGGCCCACCGCCCGCCCCGCCGCCCUGCCGCCAGUUCUGCGAGGCCCUGGAGGACGCGUGCUGGAGCCACCUGGCCCAGGGCCGGCUGCCCAUCACCUGUGCCUCACUGCCCGCGCAGGAGGACGGGUAUUGUGUGUUCAUUGGGCCGGCUGCAGAGAGCUUCAGUGAAGAGGUGGGGCUGCUGCAGCUCCUUGGGGAGCCCCCACCCCAGCAGGUCACCCAGGUCGACGACCCCGACGUGGGGCCGGCCUACAUCUUUGGACCAGAUGCCAACAGCGGCCAGGUGGCCCGGUACCACUUCCCCAGCCCCUUCUUCCGGGACUUCUCACUGCUGUUCCACGUCCGGCCAGCCACGGAGCAUGCAGGCGUGCUGUUCGCCAUCACAGACGCGGCGCAGGCAGUGGUCUUGCUGGGCGUGAAGCUCUCGGGAGUGCAGGACGGGCACCAGCAUGUCUCGCUGCUCUACACGGAGCCAGGCGCAGCCCAGACCCGCACGGCUGCCAGCUUCCGCCUGCCCGCCCAGGUCGGCCAGUGGUCGCGCUUUGCACUCGGCGUGCAUGGUGGCUUGGUGACACUGUACUUGGACUGCGAGGAGUUCCAGAGGCUGCCGUUCACGCGGUCCCCGCGGGGCCUGGAGCUGGAGCCUGGCGCUGGCCUCUUUGUGGCUCAGGCCGGAGGAGCGGACCCCGACAAGUUCCAGGGGAUGAUCGCAGAGCUGAGGGUGCGUGGGGACCCCCAGGUCAGCCCCCUGCACUGCCUGGACGAGGAGGACGAUGACGCAGACGGGGCGUCCGGAGACUUCGGAAGUGGACUGCCGGAGAGCAGAGAGCGCCUCACAGAGGGAACGGCCACGUCCCUCACACCCAGCCUCCCCGAGCCUCCCCCGGUCACUCCUCCACCCACAGAAGACUCCAGAGCUGAAGUCCAGGAAGAAACCACGGUGGUGCCACUAGCAGCUCAGACCCUUCCUGGCUCAGACUCGGUUUCCACAUGGGACAGUCGUGUCCAGAACGCGGGGGGCAGCCUAGAAAAGGAAGGACAGAAGGGACAGAAAGGGGAGCCGGGUGCUCGGGGCCUGCCUGGCCCAGUUGGUCCCCAGGGUCCUGCAUGCCCAGUCUGUCCCCAGAAUCCCCCAGGUCCAAUCAGUCCCCAGGGUCCCUCAGGCCCGGAUGCACAACCUGUCCCCAGGCUGCAGGGACCCCCCGGACCCCCGGGGCUGCCGGGGAAGGACGGUGCUCCGGGGAGGGACGGCGCUCUGGGCGACCCUGGUAAAGACGGAAGACCCGGGGACAUUGGGCCACAGGGCUUCCCAGGGGCUCCGGGAGAUGUAGGUCAGAAGGGCGAGAAGGGGGAUCCUGGAAUUGGGCCAAGAGGACCCCCAGGACCCCAGGGACCUCCGGGGCCCCCAGGACCGUCCUUCAGACACGACAAGCUGACCUUCAUUGACAUGGAGGGGUCCGGCUUCAGUGGUGACCUGGAGACCCUCAGGGGCCCGCGAGGUUUCCCUGGCCCCCCAGGGCCCCCUGGCGUCCCAGGCCUGCCCGGCGAGCCAGGCCGCUUUGGGGUGAACAGCUCUGACAUCCCAGGACCCGCAGGCCUUCCUGGGGUGCCUGGGCGGGAUGGGCCUCCUGGUUUUCCCGGCCCCCCGGGACCCCCAGGCCCUCCAGGAAGAGAAGGGAAGCUAGGAGAGCACGGCCAGAAGGGCAGCCUCGGUGAAGCGGGCGCCCCAGGACCCAAGGGAAGCAAGGGGGACCCCGGCCCUGCUGGCCCUCCUGGGGAGAGCGGUUUGGCUGGAACCCCUGGCCCAGCUGGACCUAGAGGGCCCCCUGGCCCCCCCGGGCCGCCAGGACCAGGAUUUGCCGCUGGAUUUGAUGACAUGGAAGGCUCAGGGGGACCUUUCUGGUCAACAGCCGGAGGCUCUGGCAGGCCCCAGGGACUGCCUGGCUCACCAGGACUCAAGGGUGAUCCUGGAACAGCUGGACCACCUGGGGCCAAGGGAGAAGUCGGAGCAGAUGGAGCCCCUGGGUUCCCCGGCCUGCCUGGCAGAGAGGGCACUGCUGGGCCCCAGGGACCUAAAGGAGAUAAAGGGAGCCAGGGAGAGAAAGGCGACCCAGGGAAGGAUGGAGUGGGACAGCCGGGUCUCCCCGGGCCACCUGGACCCCCAGGGCCUAUGGUCUACGUGUCGGAGCAGGAUAGAGCGAUCGCCAGCGUGUCAGGAUCUGAGGGCCGGCCGGGCUCCGCAGGCUUCCCCGGACCCGCCGGGCCCAAGGGCGAACCGGGCUCCAGGGGCGAGCAGGGCUUCCCUGGACCCAAGGGCGAGAAGGGUGAGCCCGGCAGCCCCUUCGGCCCCGAUGGCAGAGCCCUGGCGCCCGCCCAGAAAGGAGCCAAGGGCGAGCCAGGCUUCCGAGGACCCCCGGGUCCAUAUGGGCGGCCUGGGUACAAGGGAGAGAUCGGCUUUCCUGGACGGCCGGGUCGCCCUGGGAUGAAUGGAUUGAAAGGAGAGAAAGGGGAGCCAGGAGACGCCAGCCUCGGAUUUGGCAUGAGGGGAAUGCCUGGCCCCCCUGGGCCUCCAGGGCCCCCAGGCCCUCCCGGGACUCCUGUGUACGACAGCAACGCAUUUGUCGAGUCCAGCCGCCCUGGGCCUCCAGGAUUGCCAGGGUACCAGGGGCCUUCUGGACCGAAGGGGGACAAAGGAGAAGUGGGCCCGCCUGGACCACCAGGGCAGUUCCCGUUUGACCUGCUUCGCUUGGAGGCUGAAAUGAAGGGGGAGAAGGGGGACCGAGGAGCUGCCGGACAGAAAGGCGAAAGAGGCGAGCCCGGGGGUGGCGGCUUCUUCGGCUCGAGUGUGCCCGGCCCCCCAGGCCCCUCAGGCCCCCCAGGCUACCCUGGGAUUCCGGGUCCCAAGGGAGAGAGCAUCCGGGGCCAGCCCGGCCCACCUGGACCUCAGGGACCACCUGGCAUUGGCUAUGAAGGGCGCCAGGGCGCUCCUGGGCCCCCAGGCCCCCCUGGACCCCCAGGACCCCCUUCGUUUCCCGGCCCUCACAGGCAGACUAUCAGUGUUCCUGGACCCCCUGGCCCACCUGGUCCCCCGGGACCCCCUGGAUCCAUGGGCGCCUCCUCGGGGGUGCGGGUCUGGGCCACGUUCCAGACCAUGCUGGACCAGCUGCCCGACGUGCCCGAGGGCUGGCUCAUCUUCGUGGCUGAGACAGAGGAGCUCUACGUCCGGGUCCGCAAUGGGCUGCGGAAGGUGCUGCUGGAAGCCCGGGUGCCACUCCCACAUGGGUCGGACAAUGAAGUGGCCGCCUUGCAGCCUCCUGUGGUGCGGCUGCACGAGAGCAACCCAUACUCCCGGCGGGAGCACCCCCCCUCCACAGCACGGCCCUGGAGGGCGGACGACAUCCUGGCCAGUCCCCCUCGCCUGCCAGAGCCCCAGCCCUACCCUGGAGCUCCACACCACAGCUCCUAUGUGCACCUCCGGCCAGCACGCCCCACAGGCACUCCCACCCACACGCACCAGGACUUCCAGCCGGUGCUCCACCUGGUGGCGCUCAACAGCCCGCUGUCGGGCGGCAUGCGUGGCAUCCGCGGCGCCGACUUCCAGUGCUUCCAGCAGGCACGGGCUGUGGGGCUGGCCGGCACCUUCCGCGCCUUCCUGUCCUCGCGGCUGCAGGACCUCUAUAGCAUUGUGCGCCGCGCGGACCGCGGAGCCGUGCCCAUCGUCAACCUCAAGGAUGAGGUGCUGUUCCCCAACUGGGAGGCCCUGUUCUCAGGCUCUGAGGGCCAGCUGGAGCCUGGGGCCCGCAUCUUCUCUUUUGAUGGCAGAGACGUCCUAAGGCACCCCGCCUGGCCUCAGAAGAGCGUGUGGCAUGGCUCGGACCCCAGUGGGCGCAGGCUGACAGAGAGCUACUGUGAGACGUGGAGGACAGAGGCCACAACGGCCACGGGCCAGGCUGCCUCGCUGCUGGCAGGCCGGCUGCUGGAGCAGAAAGCCGCGAGCUGCCACAACGCCUAUGUGGUCCUGUGCAUCGAGAACAGCUUCAUGACCACCGCCUCCAAGUAGGGCCUCUGCUGGCUUGGACAGCAGGUGGAGGACAGGUGCGGGGGAGUGGAGGAGCCCCCACAGCAGGGCAGGGAGCAUCCAGCCAGCACCCCGGGGAGGGGGACCGACUGGGAUACGUUCCUAUAGAGUUCACAUUUCAUGUAAUCCUCAGAAAUAAAAGGAAGCCAAAGAGUGUAUUUUUUUAAAAGUUUAAAACAAAAAGCUUGAUGCUGAGACUUUCAUCCAUCCCUCCCCUGCCCGACCUAUGAGCCCUGCUGGCCCGCCCUGUGCCACAUGGGGCGCUGACCUCAGCUGGACUUCAGCGACAUGCAGCUCUGGGACUUCCUGCUCUAGGAAGCUGUGCUCACCUCAGACCCACAGGCUCCUCUGGGCCUCCCCCGGUGCUGUGGAGGGCCCUUGAUUCCAGCAGGCAUUGACUCAGUUUUCUGCUUGGUACCCUUCUGUGCACAAAAUCCAGACCAGUAUGCAGACCAGGCACACAGUGUGCUGGGGGCUGGCGCCACAGCGCAUCUCGCCCUGGCCAAUGUCUGCCAGCAGCAGAGUAGGCACGACCUUGCCCAGGCAGGGAGCAGUGAGCAGCAGCACGGCCCACGUCACCGGGCGAGGGGCACCGCCUCUCCUCAGCCUCUGGCCUCUUUUCAUUACCCUGCCCCCCUCCCCCAAGCUGGAGCAGGCUUCCAAGCUCGGUCCACCCCCCGAUGCCAUGUGAGGGCCUGGGGUGCAGCCAGGCUUGGCUGUGCACUGCUAUCCCAAGACCGACCUGUGGAGCCUGUCUCCCAGCCCUGUGCUGGCCUCUCAAUUGACCAGUGAGGCCGUAUCCAGAGCUGGUGGAAUUUUAAGGGACCUAUGAGUCAGGGCUUGGGAGCAAUAUGUCCCACAUCCAGGGCUGCUUUUCCAGCUGUGGGUUCCCAACACUGACACCACCCUGCUCUGCCCCAGAGCGAGUCCUGGGACCCCAGUGAGCCCAGGUCCCUGCACCAAAAUCGCUGGGGUCCUUGGUUUACAUCUGCAGGGCUCAGGUAACCACUGAUGGUGAAGGGGACGGCCAUGAGCUCCUGGUCAGGAUGUGGCUCACAGCCAGCUAGGGGCCUGCCCAGCUGAGUGCCAGGACAGGAUAAGUCCAUGUGCACAGGGCAGAUCAGCAGUUGAGGGCUGUGUGAAAGCCCCUGGCCCACCACUCUGUCUCCACAAGCACAUGGACAGCUGGCCUUGGACACAGGGCAGUCAUCAACUGUUGCCUGGAAAACCCACUGAGGGGACAUGGGUGCACGAAGGCAUCUCGGGGACAGUGGGCAGGUGGAGCAGCCACCAGGAUGCAACUGAGGCCCAGUCACCCCCCAAGUCCAGCAGCAUCUGCACAAGAGCAUCAGUUGUCCCAUGGAGGGACAUGUGCGCACAGGGCCAGCACAUGCCGGCGUCAGGACCUGACAUCUGAGGACUGUGACAAAACCGGUGGGGCUGUUCCAUAACCCUGUGUGAUGUGAGGCCAUUUCAAGCAGGCACCAAAUAAACAGGACCUUUUGCACUGACA